AGCACUCACUCACAAACAACAGCAGGGUGUCGGUGGACCAAAGGAGCUAAACAUGGAGCUCUAUGACUAUUUCUCGAAACUAGCAACGUUUAACUUGGAAGUUUUUCGCUUGUCUCAUGUCUUCGCAGUCGUGUGCAUUACCUACAUUUCAGCGGUUCUGAUUAAAUGGUCGAUUAAGAGAAAACGGUGGAUGCGUGAUUUAGAGCAGUUUCCUGGACCUCCUGGUCACUGGCUACUCGGGCACGUUACACAGUUUCAGCAAGAUGGAACAGAUUUGGACAAGUUACCAAAAUGGGGAGAACAAUAUCCCUACGCUUUCCCAAUGCAGUUUAGCCCAGAUAGUUUAUAUCUUUUUGUCCAUCACCCAGCUUAUGUCAAGCCCAUUCUGGCAACAACAGGACCGAAGGACAAUGUUUCAUAUAGAUUUCUCAUCCCUUGGAUAGGAGAAGGUUUACUUGUUACUGCAGGACAGAAAUGGUUUCGUCACAGACGACUCCUCACACCAGGCUUCCAUUAUGAUAUCUUGAAACCUUACGUGAAAAUAAUGGCAGAUUCAGCACAAGUUAUGCUGGACAAGUGGGAAGUGUAUGCAAGAACAGAACAGACCUUUGAACUUUUUCAGCAUGUUAGUCUGAUGACAUUGGACAGCAUAAUGAAGUGUGCAUUUAGCUGCCAAAGCAACUGUCAGACAGAGAGCAGGUCCAACCCAUACAUAAAGGCAGUGUAUGAACUGUGCAACCUGGUGAACCUACGAUUUCGUGUCUUUCCAUAUCACAAUGAUAUCAUCUUUCACAUGAGUCCACAUGGCUACAGAUUCAGAAAAGCAUGCAAAAUUGCACACACUCAUACAGCGGAAGUCAUAAGACAGAGAAGAGAAAUUUUAAAUAAGAAAAAGAAGCAGGAUGAAGCUCAGGAGAGGAGAUAUUUAGACUUUCUGGAUAUCCUUCUAUGUGCUCGUGAUGAGCAGCAGCAGGGCUUGUCAGAUGAAGCCAUCCAAGCCGAGGUGGACACUUUUAUGUUUGAGGGACACGACACUACUGCCAGUGGCAUCUCAUGGAUUUUCUACAGCAUGGCCUGCAAUCCUGAACAUCAGCAGAAGUGCAGAGAGGAGAUUCAGCAAGUGCUGAUGGGAAAGGACACUAUUGAAUGGGAGGACCUCAGUAAAAUACCAUACACCACAAUGUGCAUUAAGGAAUCUCUGCGCAUGUAUCCUCCUGUUCCGGGAAUGGGACGAAAGUUGGCCCAGCCAAUUACUUUUUUUGAUGGAAGAACAGUUCCUGCAGGUCAGCUCAUUGGAAUAAGUAUUUAUGGGAUUCAUCACAACCCUACAGUCUGGGAGAAUCCAAAGGUUUUUGAUCCACUGAGAUUUCUGCCAGAAAACACUGCUAAGCGAUCACCCCAUGCCUUUGUUCCUUUCUCGGCUGGACCAAGGAACUGCAUUGGCCAGAACUUUGCUUUGAAUGAGCUGAAAGUGGUCGUGGCUAUGACGCUGAAGAAGUAUGUUCUCAUCAAAGAUCCAGACCAUACUCCUAAGAUGGUCCCUCGACUAGUGCUCAAAUCUCUCAAUGGGAUACACCUCAAGAUCAAAUUAGUGGAAAAGUGAGAAGAUACUAAUUUCAAUUGACAUUCAUGAAUUUAAUUAUAUAAUUGAAUCUUUCUUUAUAUCUAUUCUUAAUACUAUGUUCAUGAAGUCAUCAAAUAUUCUGAAAACCUGGCAAUACUCCUGAGCUACUUAUCACACCAGUUUUAGUAAACUGCAUACAAAAUGAUUGUUCUACAAAUUCUAACACUUUCAAAUGCACUAGUCAUGUAUUUUAAUGUUUGGUGUACAGCCACGGUACUUAGAUCCUAAUUUGUUCUUUAUACUUUGUGUCAACUGUAUUAACAGUAUUCUGCAACUGCAUUCUCUUGUUUUGUUUUCUGAACGUCUUAUACUUCACUUAAUUAAUGUGUUACUCUGAACAUAGCUUGAUAAAACAGCACCAUUGGGCUAUUAAUUAAGAUUGUCAUUUUUUGAGAUGUUUUUCAGAAUAUGUUUAGCUAAACAUAUGGUUUCACUUAUUAGAAACCAUUGGUAUUUUUAAUAGUUGGACGUAAAGUGAGCAACAUGGUUUGGUUUAUGCUGCACAGCAGAAAAAUCAAGAACACAAGAUAAAAAUAAUUUUAAGGUUUACUGACAGUUUUUGAGAUACAAAAGCAAAAAUAUACCCGAAAACAUUACAUAUGUAAAACAAA